CGGGCCCCCUCGGCAGACCGAGACCGAGACCUCCUCGUGCGUUGUGCUCGAGUGCGGAUUCUGCGCGGUUUCCGUGUCGCAAAGAACUGGGCCCGGAGCAGGGCAGGGUGCCUUUAGCCCCAUGCGUUUGAAAUCUGCUAGCCCCCUCACGCACCUGACAGCGCAAAGGUGGUGUGGGACCCGGGGUACCCUUGAAAGGGUCCCAAGGCACCUCCGGGGGCCACUGCAUCCUGGGCGAGGAUCGCUGACGUAUGCGCUUCUUGGCCUCUUGUUGGCUCAGAUCCAGCAUGGUCCUGUGCUUACCUGGCAAGGGAAACGCCAUGACCGCAGAGGCGGUCUUCCUAGUCGCACCAGGGAGGACCGCUCUCCUGGCACAGGGAUAGUGCCUGUCGGGGUCAUGUAAAGCGAACCUCCCACUUAGCUGCUGGAGUGGGAGGGUCUCGGCUUUAAGCCCACUUCAUGGAAACGGGAGACUUCUCCCUGGCUUGAUCCCAGGGCCUUACAGCUGAGGGCAAGUAAAACUCUGGGGCAUCCAGCUCCCCCGGGCUUGAGCCUGCAAGUAGGAUGCCCACCAAAGGUUUCGGAAACAUCUGAAGCCCCAGAUGGGGGUGGAGGAUGUUUGCCGGUCGUACGGCCACUUGCGGUGCUGGACUGACUCACGGAUUUGGAAUUUGUUUGGCUUGGAAUACGGAAAAAUUAAUUAAAAAAAAAAAUCACUAAUGUAGGCAGAGGCCGAGGGCUGCAGGUGGUGCAGGUCUGAUGCGCGGCUAACUGAAGUAAACGGUUGGCAUUAAAUAAAUUGGACCAAUGUAUUGUGCCUGGAAAAAAAAACCCAUCCAGCUGAGAACAGCAGAAGCACUGGAUGGAUGGAUUGGAGGCACCUUCUGACUUAAAUUCAUUCCUUGUUUCCACUGAAUUUAAGGGACUUUUAUUCAGGAUAAACCUAGAGCUCUUCAUGAAGAAUCUUUGCAGCAACCUGCUGUAUGAAACCUGACCCCUGCUUAACCGCACAGGAAUCUUGUGCAGUUUAAGUAAAAAAGUAAAGAUUAUAUCUGAAACAGUGUUGGAAACUUGGCGUAAAUAGUUUACAGUUCUUGUGUUUUGUUGAUAUUUUCUGUGGAUGUUUCAACUACACUGGUUUUAACUAAGACUUGGGGGGUUUUCAGAAGCUAUGGUAUUCCUUGAGAAGGAUCUUGGUAUCCUGGCUGUUCCAGAUCAGUUAAUUACAUUCUUCCUCUCCACAUUCUCUUGUGGUUUUCAAUUGGAUGCAAACUGGUAUCCAAUUGAAAACUACAAGAGAAUGUGGGGAGAAUCUGUAGGAAGGGAUCUGUAUCCUAACAGAUCAGGAUACUUGUCUAAUCUGUUAACUAGUGCCUUGUUAAAUCACUGCCUUGUGUCACCUUUAUUGCUAUUGCUAUAUCAUUGUCAUAUAAUAUUGUUCAUCCAUUAAUGUUUUUAAGCAUCCAUUUUCAUUGGGAAUGUGCCUUCCCCUUACAGUGCUAGUUUUCACAUGCAUCCUGUUGGACUAACAGGCAGAGGAACACCAGCUGAAGCUGUCAAUGCUGGUAUGGGCAUAGAAGGCUGACGAUGAAGUGCUCAUCUUCCCCUUUCAUUGAAUAUCCCUAGCAUCAGGAAAAGAAGAUUUUACCUUUGUUUCUGAUCUUAUUGUUCCCUCAAUGUCCAAGGAGGAGCUGAAAACAAAACUAAAAAUCAUGUAACAGUUACUUUGCUGAUAUUUCUGUUGUCUUGCUGGUGAAGACUUUUUUUUUUUUUUUUUCCCCUGACUGAAGAUAGCUGUGACAUCCUUCCGCAAGGGAUAUUCCACCAAAAAAUGGCAGUGAAGUAUUUUUCUCACGGGACAUUUAUGAAAAAUAUUCAUUGGCUCCAACCCUCUCUGAACUAUGGAUGUUGUCAAACAGACAUACAGAAAAAAAUGUAGACCUAUCACCAAACCAUGAAGAAGACAAGCAAACGUGUAACACACAGACUGAAGACGACAAGGAAAUGCGUAACGCACAGGCUGCAGUUCCAGCAGAGGUGGAAAUCAAACCCACACCUAAUGACACUUUUUUUCCAGAACCUAGAAUUCCAUAUCCUUAUGUCUCUUGUCUAACUGAAGAUGAGCAGAAAAUAUAUUUAUAUCUGCUGACUAAAUAUGCGAGAAAACCUGCUUCCCACCAAGUUAAUGCUGCAAAUCAAAGAGAAUAUCUACAGUAUUUGGAAAUGAAAGAAUUGGUCAGCAGCGAAGUUGCAGAAUUUUUGAAGUUUGCACAGAAUGCUGCAAAGAGUUGUGCUCAGGAUUAUGACACCCUCUCUGAGGAUGCAAUGCUUUAUGUUGAGCAACUAUUGAGUGCAUGUAUUGGACAUGUGAAGAGGUACCCUGAGUUUUACAUGCUCCAAGAGAUCACCAGUAUCAUGGGAGGCAAAUUUAGCACAGAGCUGAGCUUUAAAUUGGAAAAAUGUCUUCUUGUAUUGGGAAAGGCUCAAUUUGCUAAAGUACGCUUUCCUGUCAUGCCUGCACAGCUACAGAAAGAUUAUAAAACUAUAGCAUCUAUCCUGACUCCAGAACAGAGAGCUUCAGUGAUACACAAUGAUAUUAGUUUAGAUUCUAAUGCAGAAAAACUUGCUUUGAAAUAUCAUCCUCAAGUAGUUUUAAGUAGUCGAUCAUUGUUUACUUUGCUGAAUAAUCAUGGACUGAACUACAAGGAACAGUGGGAAAUUCCAGUUUCUGUUAAAAUGAUUCCUGUUGAAGGUGGCAAACCAGUCAAAGUGGUUUACGUUGACUCGCCUCUUCCAAAAAAAGAGAUGACGAUGAGAGAGAAGAACCAAAUGUUUCAUGAAAUUACUCUGAACUUUCUGGUGUCCAAAAAAUCAUACGCUCCAAUGUCCAUGGUGUUGAUGGAUAAGCCGGUUGAGGAAAACAUGUUUCAGUGGAAUAUGUCUUCUGAUACUUGUGAGGCUAGAAACUUUCAAAUUUCGAACCAAAUCGAUCUGAACUUUGACAAUGAUUUUACAGAACUGGAAACUUUUGGAGCAACAUCUAAGCCCUUGAAGACAUCCAAAGCAGAAAGUCCUCAUAGUAAACCAGUUGAUCCAGGAAAAAUUCUGUCAGAAAAGCUGAAAAUGGAGAAGCAGUUGGUAAGCAAGUUUGCUGAAGUGGGAAGAAGCAAAAUUUAUGAGCAGGAAUUUUCAGAAUGUGGCAAUUUACAGAAUCCUAAUGAGGCACAGCUUCCAGCAUGUGACACCACCUGCUCAGAUUCUGAAAACAGUACCUUAUAUAAAGGCUUAGAUUUGGAUAAAAUUGAGUUGCAUAAUGAGCAACAUGGUGUAACCACAGAAGAAGUAGUGGACAGUGAUACAAAAUUAAAUUCCUUGGCUAAACCUGAUACUUUCAAGAGAGAAUCUGAAUCUGCAGAAGCAAAUGAAACACUUGUUUGUUUGUGUGGUAGCGACUCGGAUGAAGAACGUUUGAUUAUUGAUGUGGAAAGUAAAAAUCUUGGUUAUUGCAAAGCAGCUGUGCUCUGUUCUAAUCCAAAUCCUGUAGCAGAUAGGCCCAAAUCAUCUUCUCCCAUGCAGCUUCCACCAACAAGCAUUGCUAUUUCUUCAGAGUCCCAGGAUCUGGGGAAAAACACCCCCAAGAAACCUUCAAAAAAGCUGUCUAAAGAAUUUGAUCCCGUUGGACAGAUUUUAAAAAUGCAAACUGAACUUCUCAAGCCUCCUUCUCCAAAAGCUCAGGAGCAGCUGCCAGUCAGCAUUGAUAAAAGUUCUAAUCCUACAGCAAACCACAUACCACCACCUUUGAAACCAUUUGUAUUCUCCAGCAUGGAGUCUGAGCAGAGCACUACUGCAAAUGCAGGCAGCUUGCCUAAGCUUACGUGGACUUCACAUUUUCAGGGAGCUCGGAAGGGAAUGCUUCCAGCUGAACUUCAGAUGCUUGCUGAAGACCCUUCAGAAUACACAGCUCCUGAGGAUGGGAAUCUUGUAUAUAAAUUAUUCAGCUUAGAUGAUCUACUGUUACUUGUGCGUUGCACUGUACAGAAUGCAGAGAUUUGGCCACGGUCCCAUAAAAAUCAGCGCAUCAAAAAGCGUAUUCCUGUUCACAUAUUGCCAAAACUAGAAUAUCAACCCUAUUUGGGUCUGGAAGCUCUCACGGAAAGUGAAAUAUGUCGGAUGUGGACAGAGAACCUGUUGCAUUCUAAAUGUUCAUUUUAUGUAGGACACGUUGAUGCCUUUACAUCAAACCUUAUUACGCUGGGUGAGAUUUCUCCACAAUAUUUAAAAGAAAAGUUGGCAUCAUUUAAGCCUGCAAAUUCAUUAAAUAUUCUUCGAAAUGUCUUGAAGAAAGUAACUGAUUUUCAGGAAGGGUCAUAUUUGUUGACUCAUGCUGCAGGAGAUUCAUCAGUUGCAAUCUACAAGAGCUCCCUUGGGAAAGUGACCAGAGCAUCAUAUAAUUUACAUAAAACUCACAGCAAUCUGCCUAAUGUUCCAGCAACUCUUUCAGUCCCAUGGGUACCAUUAGACCCCACCCUUCCUUUACCCUAUCACAUGUAUCAUGGAAGAGUCCCAUGUACCUUUCCACCUAGACCCCAAGAAACCAUAAGGAAACAGAAGAUGUAUGGGGUAAAAGCACAUGCAAACACACCCAACCGGAGAAAAUCAGUAUCCAUGGAAACAAGAAUCAAUCCCAUGCCAGCUAAGCCUGUUAGAAGUGAAGGUGUCGCUGCAAAAAAACUGAGGACAAACAACUGCAAACAGGCAAAUAUGAUGAAAAAGUGAAAAACAAAAUAAAACAUGAACUUCAGCAAAGCAGAAAUAUCUUCACUAAACUGAGAAAAUGUGGAGAAAGACAAGACCAAAAAAAGCUUAUGUUGUUGCUUCAGAGAAACCAGAAGAGGUUGGUAGAGAGCAAGCUGCACAGCCAUGUUGAAGAAAACUGCAAAAUGCUACAAACUAUUCAGGCCUCCAAAGUAUCCAGGACCUGAAUUAACAAAAAGCAAUUUACAGACUAAUACAUUUAGGAGUAUUUUUUUUAAUUCAAAAGAAAAGAAUUUGUAAAAUGGACACUGAAAGCAUACUGGUUAUGGAACUGGGAACUCGGGUGCUGAUGACAAGCUGUUUCCAUGAUGAAAACCAAACUAUGGAAAGGGCAUCUGGAAGGAAGGAGGAGAUUCAAUGCUAUGGGAGUAGACCACUUCCAAUAGAUGAAUUGGGAAACUCUGAACUUCAGUACUUGACUCUGAGACUUCCCACACAGUGAAAUCCACUAGCUAAUCAAGCAGUUUCAAGAGGUGUUUCUUUUGUUCUCAACAUAAUUGUCCAGCACUA